GAAGCCUCCAGGCCAGAGGCGGCGCUGCUGCGCUCCAGAGCCGCUGAGCGCAGAGGAAGAAGCCGGUCUCGAGGCUGCGCUUUAAAGCUGCUGGUGAAUAUUGAGCGUUGGAAUCGGUUCUAAGGAGGUCUGCCUUCGCUAUGGCCCACCUCAGUCAGAACCCCGCGGACAAGGAGAGGUUCGUGUGCCUGUACCCCGUCUACAUCAACAGUAAGAAGACUCUGGCUGAAGGCCGCCGGAUCCCGGCUCAGAAGGCCGUGGAGAACCCGUCCUGCGGCGAGAUCAGAGACGUCCUGAGCGCCGCGGGGAUGAACGUCUACGUGGAGAACAAGAUGCACCCGCGGGAGUGGAACCGGGACGUCCAGUUCAGGGGCCGUGUCCGGGUCCAGCUGAAGCAGGCCGACGGCAGCCUCUGUCAGGACAAGUUCAAGUCCCGUAAAGAGGUGAUGGUGUACGUGGCAGAAAUGAUCCCCAAGCUGAAGACUCGGACGCAGAAGAGCGGAGGAGGAGACCCCGGCUCCCAGCAGGGGGAGGGCGGGAAGAAGAAGAAGAAGAAGAAAUAGUUUCUCUGAACUUGAUUGGAUCAAAUGAUGGAGAUCAAAGGUCGAAGGUGUUGAAGGUAACAUCCUUCACGCUGUGACGGAUUAUUCCGGAGGUUCUUUGCUGAAUCCUCUUCGCUUCAUUUUUCUGCAGCUUUUUUCUGUUUGUUGUUGAAACCUUCAAUAAAGUCCAUGACAGUCG